AUGGAGGGUGGAGGGAACCGUGGGACUAAUGACUCUGAACUCAGAGCAAGAGUAUCGAUCGAUAUAACAAGAAGUGCCAGUUCUUCAUUAAGGUUUCUCUCUUUAAGUUCAUUAGGUGCUCAUUCAUCUCAAGUAGAUGAUGAAACUGAAAGUGAGAGUGUGUCAGAGGUGGGAGAUAUUGGGGAUCGAGCUCUUCACAGCAACAGGUACAGUGCAAGUGGCAGUUUCAACUUCUUGUCUGCAGAGGAUAUGAAAUUGCAAUCCUAUGGAUUCUGGGGUCGUGAUCCUGCUGCAUCUCAUGCAAUCUCCACGGUAUCGCCUUUGCCAGAGCAAAUCAUUUCUCCCCUGUCAGCUAAUGCAAUAGUAUGCAACGAGGAGAAAAACCAAGCAAGUACAGCAAGAAUACCAAAAUUGUUGGAGUAUGGUUCAUGUAUGACUCAUCUAGCCGUCUUUGGCAUUUUAGGGGUCUUAACGAGAUAUCUACUGCAAAAAUUGUUCGGCCCUGGAGUUGCAGGUGUGACAAGUGACCAAACAGUUCUCUACCUUGACCUUCCUUCUAAUAUGGUUGGCUCCUUCUUGAUGGGAUGGUUUGGUGUUGUUUUCAAAGCAGAUAUAUCACAUAGGUCAGAAUUUUUGGCAAUUGGAUUGACAACUGGUUACCUGGGAAGUGUUACAACUUUUAGUGGUUGGAACCAGAAAAUGCUUGAACUGAGUGUUGAAGGCCAUUGGGUUUUUGCUGGUCUCGGUUUUUUGAUAGGACUGUUUCUAGCUGCCUACUCCAUCAUUUUUGGGGUAGAGACAUCCAAGCUUUGUAGGCAGCUUCUUGUAAGGAGUUCAGGGUCUGGCAGUGCUAGCUCUGAAAAGAGCUGGAGGGUUGACAACACCAAGCGUCACUUGACAGUUUUGGCAUUGUUUCUGCUCUUGCUAGCUGGAUUAUGGAGUAUGAGUGGAAUAUUGAUGAGGCAGGAGUUUAACAGAAAAAGCAGUGAGACACAACUAUGGUUGGCUUGCAUCGUUGGACCUCUAGGUGUCUGGAUCAGGUGGUUCUUAGCUCGACUCAAUGGACGUGGAUUAGGAAAGACAGGGUUUUUGAAAUGGAUUCCAUUCGGUACUCUAAUUGCUAAUGUUUCUGCAGCUUGUAUCAUGGCGGCACUUGCUACUGUGAAGAAAGGGGUAAAUUCCAAUACUUGCGAUAUUGUUGCAACAGGCAUACAAUUUGGAUUUUUGGGUUGCCUUAGUACUGUAUCUACUUUCAUUGCUGAGUUUAAUGCAAUGAGAGAAAGUAAAUACCCCUGGAGAGCAUACAUAUACGCCUUAGUCACCAUUCUCACCUCAUUCUGUUUGGGGACCCUGAUAUAUUCUGUACCUGUUUGGUCAUAGGGAGACAAUUAAAUAGAACACUUUGGUGCUUCUCUAGUGCCCUAUGGUCUUGCAGAAGAAUUUUCUACAAACCACCUGCAGCCAGUUCCCUUGCCUGAUCAAACUUUCUAUCUUUUCACCUUUGUUUAUUUUCCUCUACCGUUUCGUUGCAUAUUACUGGGAUGCAUAUUAUCAAGAAUACUGCAAUUAACAGAUGAAUGCUGUAGUCUACCUUGGAAGUAGUUAGCUAGGCUCUUUUUUAUCAAAUGAGGACGGAGGACUUCCAAAGUCAGGGUUAUUAAAAGAUCAAAUAUUCAACACAAGGAAUAAGGGAUCAAUUCUUUGCUAUAGAAGGUAUAUGCUUCUUCAAAGGUUUGCAGUCACACCAUGAAGUCAUUGAGUUUUUUGUGUUUCUAUUGCAUGAAACAUCCAAUAAAGCAUGGAAUUCUUUU